AUGCCUGAGCUUGCGGAAGUUGCGCGUAUCGUGCACUUCAUCAGAAAACAUCUCGUGGGCAAGACCCUGGCCAACGUUCAAGCGCAAAAUGACGAUAUUGUCUAUGGCAAAGUUGGCACAAGCGCUGCAGAAUUUCAAAAGGCAAUGCAGGGCAACAAAGUUAUCGGCGCUGGCCAACAGGGCAAAUAUUUUUGGAUCACAAUGUCAAAACCUCCGCAUGUGGUGAUGCAUUUUGGCAUGACUGGCUGGAUGAAGAUCAGAAACGCGGAUACAUACUAUUACCGUACAAACAACGCUGAUGAUAAAGAGUGGCCGCCGAAAUAUUGGAAAUUUUUACUUGAAACCGACGAAAGCCCAAAGACAGAGGCAGCCUUUGUAGAUCCUCGCAGAUUAGCGAGGAUUCGUCUUGUUGAUUGUCCAGCUGACGAAAUUCGACAAUACACUCCUCUCAAAGAAAAUGGUCCGGAUCCCGUCACAGAUAAGGAUAUCUUGACCGUCGAAUGGUUACAAGAUAAAAUUAAGAGCAAAAGAGUUCCAAUCAAGGCUCUGCUGCUUGAUCAAGCCAACAUCAGUGGUAUUGGCAACUGGAUGGGUGACGAGAUUCUGUAUCACUCUAAGAUACACCCAGAGCAAUAUAGUAAUACGUUGACCGAUGAACAAAUAGAACAACUUCAUACCUCUAUUGACUACGUCUGCACGACAUCUGUGGGCGUACUUGCAGACUCGGAACAGUUUCCAGAAGAAUGGCUUUUCAAACAUAGAUGGGGCAAAGGAAAGAAAAAUCAACCUUCCGUGCUCCCGAAUGGCAAUAAGAUCGUGUUCCUUACCGUUGGUGGUAGAACAAGUGCUGUUGUACCCUCAGUUCAACGAAAGACUGGACCAGUGGCAAAGGAGAUAAGCGAUGAAGAUCCGGAGGAUGAGAAGGAGAAGAAGGUUGUCGCUACCGGCAAGCGAAAGCGAGCAGCCGUGAAAGAGGAGGAGGACGAGGACGAUGUCAAAGACGAGGUAGUCGCACUGAAGCGAGCAGCAUCCAAAAGGGGUACCAGAUCCACCAGAUCCGGCGCAAAGACCAGCACACAGGGACGUGUGAAGAAAGAACGGGAUUGA